AUGACCGCCAAAUCUGGAGACCCCGUGUCUCCUCCGGCUGAGGCCUCCACUCCCUCCAAGUCCACCCAGCGCGUCCCCGCCCCCGAAUCCCCCCCAGGCUAUCCAAACACGAUUCCGACCUUCUGGGCAGUCAUCAUCUUUCUGGGCUUUCCGAUAUGGUGGCAGACUACUUCGAUCUACCGGGCGCAUCUCCCCAUUCAAGAGAUGGUCGAUUGGGCCGAUGGCAAGACAUGUCGCCCCGUCUAUCCCCUUGAGAUUCAAGUCGUCGCACCUUCAUUACAGCUGCCCGAGUCUCAACAUCUACUCCGAACCACCCAGCAUACUCUUGACGAUCUGAACGAGUUCGCCGCUCACCAUCUCCGGCUCAAGUUGGCCAACGAUACCAACGGUUCGCCUCCACGCACAGGCAACGAUGGGGUCCACACUUCGGAUAGUACCCCAGAACAUGCGGCAGAUAUCGCAUUGACAGUCCACGUGCGUCCCGAGGAAGGCCUCGUCGCUCCGAGAUCAGAGCUCCAGCCGCACACCUCCCAGCUGGACGUCUUCUACCCAGCAAGCCAAAUCCCAAGUCCCUCGACCUCCAACCCACCUCUGUCAAUAUUUAUCGCACAGGAGUUACAGCGCCUCUACGGCGAAGAGAAAGCAACCAUCGCGCACAUCUUGUCGGGAGAAACAGCCGGUCUGGAUUCAGCGUCCCCCGAGCUCACAGAGAGUAUCAGUAGACGUCUGCGACGAUCCAUGAAAUACGCAGAAACGUACCACCUCUCCUUCUCCCUCUUUACGCCCGGAUCUGCGCCAUCCUCGUGGGAUAUCGAGGCCGCUAUCCAGGAAUACCUCGCCCCGCUCCUCGACGCCUUUGCACCCAUCAGCAACUUCACAAUCGAUACCCAGGUGCAACUCUACGCCACCUUCUCCCCGAUGACCCCGGACCCAAUCUACGACGAGGCCGAAGCAGCAUGGACUCUGAAGAAAGAGGAUCUGAGCGCAUUCAUCAAUGCCGCAGAGUGGCCAUUGAACCCGAGCAUCGGCAGCGGACCAACCCUCAACUUCAUUCUCUACGUCCCCGACCCAUCGCAGUCACCCAUGAUCGUCAAAGAGAAUCGCGCCUCGAGCUGGAUUGUCCCACAAUGGGGUGGCGUGUUUCUGCUCAACCCGCCACUCGCAAAAGGCCAAACUAGUAAUCCUGCCUACCUUGAACAAGAUUCGCUGCAGUCGGCCUUCAAGACCUUCUCCCAUCAACUUCUCACCCUCCUCGGAACACCGAGCACCCCUUCCUCCCUUCCCCUCCGUCUGCAGACCCUCAUCCGCGUCCGCGCUGCGUCUCUCCUUCUUUCAGCCUCGUCGACCAUGGGCUCGCUCGCCCGUUUGACAGAAUCUCUCCCCUCCAUCCCCAUCCCUGCAAACGUGGCAUCCUCCGUUUCCACGACCCUAUCGCAUCUAUCCGCUACAUGCUCUCAUCUCCGCGAGGGUCGCUUCAAUGCCGCUCUCGCUAGUGCCCGGGUCGCGGAGAACGAGGCCGAACGCAGUUUCUUUGAGAAGACUAUGGUUGGUCAGGUUUAUUUCCCGGAUGAGCAUAAGGUCGCUGUUUACCUGCCUUUGUUGGGACCUGUUGGUGUUCCGCUAGUGGUUGGUUUGAUUAAGGAGGUUAAGCGACUUGUUGCGGCGCGGAAGGCGAGGCGUGCGUAG